AUGGCCCUGGAUAAAAUGGAAGAUUUGAGUCUGCAACAGAUGGUGCUCCGAUCUGAGACAGGUGAAGUGGAAGGUGUUACCCUCACAAAAUCAAUAUGCAGCAUAUGGGACCAAGUGUGGAACUUCCAAGCCAGACCUGAUGAUCUGCUCAUCGCAACCUAUGCAAAAGCAGGUACCACAUGGACACAGGAGACAGUGGAUAUGAUUCAACAAAAUGGAGACGUUGAGAAGUGUAGACGUGCCACCAUUGCCAAACGUCAUCCUUUCCUUGAGUGGUUUAUUGAAGAUCCUUUAUCUACACCUUACUCAGGGCUGGAGUUAGCUGAAGCUAUGCCUUCUCCACGAACAAUAAAAACUCAUCUCCCUGUGCAGCUGGUGCCUCCCUCCUUCUGGAAACAAAACUGUAAGGUAAUCUAUGUGGCAAGAAAUGCAAAAGACAACCUGGUGUCAUACUACCAUUUCCACAGGAUGAAUAAAGCACUGCCUGACCCAGGAACCUGGGAGGAGUUCAUCGAGAAAUUCAUGACCGGAAAAGUACUCUGGGGUUCCUGGUAUGACCACGUAAAAGGAUGGUGGAAGGCAAAAGACAAGCACCGUAUUCUCUACCUCUUCUAUGAAGAUAUGAAGGAGAAUCCAGAGCAAGAAAUUCAGAAGAUUCUGAAGUUCCUAGAGAAGGACGUGAAUCAGGAGGUUCUAAACAAGAUAGUCCACAACACCUCAUUUGAGAUAAUGAAGGAAAAUCCCAUGGCAAACUACACUAGGGAGUUUCAGGCAAUAAUGGAUCACUCCAUUUCCCCAUUCAUGAGAAAAGGGGCUGUCGGGGACUGGAAGAAUCAUUUUACUGUGGCACAGAAUAAGAAAUUUGAUGAAGAUUAUAAGAAGAAAAUGGCUGAUACCUCUCUUGUUUUUCGUACGGAAUUGUGAUUAUUAGCAAUGGGAAUUAUUCUCUAUGAUCUUCAGCAUUUUCCAUGUUACACAUUUUGCUUUUCCUUCACAAAAUGCCUGUCCCCCUAAGAUUUCAGUAUCUCUCUUUCACACACCACUGAUUUUUCAUUAUCAUGGGAGUACCCAAAUUAUGUUGAAGUUUAGGUUGGUCUCCUUGAAGAAAAUAAUCCCACUGGAUACUUCUCAUUCAACCCUCCCACAGUAACUUUCAGCAUUA